CGGGAGCACUUCCGGGUCGUGCGCCCAGCGCUGCGGUUUGGCGGCGGCGGACGCGGAGGUGGCGGCGAGGCCGGAGUGUGCAGGCCGCUGUGGGGCCGCGGCCGGGAGCGCCUUCGCUGCGGUGGUGAGCGAGCGGGCGAGCGGGCCCCGGGGACCCCGCCGGGAGGAGGGGCCGCGGCGGUCGGCGGCCAGGACAUCAAUGCAAGCCUGAAAAAGAAGAACAGUUUCCUCCUCCUGAGCCAUGGCGUAUCAAUUAUACAGAAAUACCACUUUGGGAAACAGUCUUCAGGAGAGCCUAGAUGAGCUCAUACAGUCUCAACAGAUCACCCCCCAACUUGCCCUUCAAGUUCUACUUCAGUUUGAUAAGGCUAUAAACUCAGCAUUGGCUCAGAGGGUCAGGAACAGAGUCAAUUUCAGGGGCUCUCUAAAUACAUACAGAUUCUGCGAUAAUGUGUGGACUUUUGUAUUGAAUGAUGUUGAAUUCAGAGAGAUGACAGAACUUAUUAAAGUGGAUAAAGUGAAAAUUGUAGCCUGUGAUGGUAAAAAUACUGGCUCCAAUACUACAGAAUGAAUGGAAAAAACGGCUUUUUUAUGCUGUCUUCUGUUAUUACUCAUCACUUUUUGAAGAGCAGAGACUUUAUUUAUUCUAGCAUUGCAGAAAUGACUACACUGUGCUAUAUCAAAGCCACACAGCAUGAAGAAAAGGUAGCUUUUUUUCAAUGACAAAUCAAACGUUAUUGCCUUCCUAAGAACUUUCUUUAAUAAACUCAUUUUAAACUUCA